AUGGAGUCGGACCUCAUUCUGGACAUCGUCGACGUAGUUCAUAUCGUGGAGGUACUCAUUGACCUGUGUAUCCAACGCCUGGUGGUCGUUUUUCUCGCUGGAAGCUCUCCAACUCUAAUUCGCACCAUCUCAAACAACUCUGUGAACUCUGGAGGUUCUAGAGAAUCACGGGGAUCACGGGGUAGUAUUUUAUCUUUACGGAGAUCCAGCCACUCACAGCCUAAAACGAUAUACCAGGAAUUGUCUUCCAAACUCCAACAGAUCGAGGUGGACGAUCUUGUCGAAGAUAGUCAACAGCGAAAAACCUUCAAAAUCAUGUUGACCGACUUUGCCUCCAAAUUGGACCCAGACACAUCAUCGGACUUGAGUCGUCUUGUUGUAUCCUUCCAGAUGGUGGCAGCAAAAACGCUUAAUUUGAUGGACCCCUUGAAUACUCCUUUCCAUCUGCUGUACCUUGCAUAUUUUAUUGAUUAUUUAUUGACCCUAGGGUGUUCUCUCCAGCAGCGCAAUUUUUUGCUAAGCUAUCGCCAUGAUCUCUGCUCCAAGAAGAUCCGGCCAAUGAUGAAGAUUGAGGAGCUUCCAAAAUUCCAGCUGAUUUCCAGAAUUUACAACGUUUCGUUCUCUUAUUUGAACAAUAGAGUUUUUGCAUUGAAGGGGGAGUGCCGAAAGGCGGACAUUUUGAGCGAGAUUGAACACAAAAAGGAAAGUUAUAGGUACAGCAAGACUGAGUUUGCGUCUCGUGAGCAUUACAUAUUUUGGUUGCAAGGUAGAACCAGAUUUAUCCAAAAAGCUAUUGAUCGAUUUGGCAAAGAACGUGAUGAGAACACACGACCAGGUACUCGCAAGGUUGGGCCCAAGGAACCUCUAAUGUAUUUCCAGCAAGUUCUGGGAAGUUUCCUUGAGUCUGAAGAGAGUUCUGAUGAUUACAUGGAAAUAAUAAAAGAUUGCAUGUUGAUUUGGCAAAUCGAUGGCUACGAUGCAUAUUUUGCCGUUCUAUAUGCGUGUUUGAAAAAUAACACAAUCACAGAAGAACGGCUACAACUGGCACGCACAGUUCUCGAGUUCGGUGAGUUUGAGUUCAAUCCUCACGCAUGGCCAAAGCCUAUACAAUUGGGCCUUGAACCAUUAAAUGGAUUUGCUCUGUCCAGCUUGAAAAAUGUCACUGCUGAGUUUGACCAUUUGUUUGAUGAUUUGGUCAAAGACAUCGUGAUACAACUUGACAAGAUUGAAAACUCCAGUCUUUUGGGCAUAACUGAUCAAAUGCAGGACACAGUGACCAAAAAACUGAGACAGGUGACCAAGGAUAAAUACAUUUCUCUGUCGUCAUGUCUCGGUAGAAAAUCAUCAAUGAAGGAAGCUAUAGUAUCUCUCGAGAAUGUUGAAAAGCAUCUGAACCACAUCAUUCAAAACGUGUCGGACAAAUAUGAUGCCAAAUGGAACUUCAAGAUUCUAAAACAAACUCUCGCGACGGAUAUCUUAGCAGAUGUGAGGAACAUGGUCGAGUCUUCUUCAAAGGUUGUCGAAUUCAAUGGAAUACCGAUCCGAAUGUAUGAAUCGGGGAAACAGGAUGCAGAUAUGAUGAUCAUUCUACAAUCAUUUAUUAGGAUCAAAAACCUAGCUCGACUCUCUGACGAUGAAUUCACAUCUCUAAUCGAACCUGUGUUCUACCCUGAAUGCUACGUCUUGUGCCAGCAGACUUGCCACAGGCUUCUUGAAAACCAAGCAGAAAUUUUCAAUCACAAAGAUGCUAUUCAGGUGCUGGACUAUUUCGAAAAAUGUCUUUUAACCGACCAAAGUUUACAGUGGAAGAACAAACAACAAAAAGCAGUGUUACUGACCCUUUUCUACAAGACCAUUUCCACUAUAUUAAUCAAUCACACCAAUGAAUUGACCGAGGAUGUUCUGAUGCAAUUGUCCACUUCUCAUUUGCAGGACCUUUUCGUCAAAAUCAACAAACUGUAUCUGUUACACCAGGAGGUAGAACUCCGAUUCCGUGAUGAUGUAUUGGAAGAGAUCUCAGAGCUCACUCGAUCCCUGAACUUGGCGAACUUUUCAAAGGUAUUGAUGAUACGUUUGGUCAAGGCAGAAAAUAUGGAUCCAGCUUUGGAAGACUCGUCAGACUUGAUGGUGAAGGUAUCGGGUCAUUCAGAGUUUCAAACCUCGGUCGGCGAACCAUACUGGGAUGAGGAGUUUGAAAUUGUAGCUGAUGACAAUAUGGUGGCUUUGGAUCUCAUAUUGCUGGAUUGUUCUGAAAAAGCAGACCCAAUUGCGUCGUUCUCGACCACAAUAAAUCUAGACUCGAUCAAGGAGUCAACCCAGCAAAAGUUGAAACUAACCAGCUCAAAUGGAAUCCAUUUGUACAUAACCUAUGCUUUUGAGCGAGCAUUGAAGGAUCCUGUGUUUUUCGUGGGACAGAUUAACCUCAAUUUCAAGCGUGCUUGCAACAAGAUCAUGAAAAAAACGGUUGCAACCAUUUUCCCUGCCAUCAAGGAUGUCUUCACCCGUCAUGGUCUGAAUGAGAUGAAACAGGUUAGUCCUCGGUUCUACAAAAUCAAUAACUUCCUACAAGCUGAAGAGGACCCGGAAAACGUUCGGGAUCCUCUGAUUGUCGGCCUUGCUUCGCAUAUCGAGAACGAACUUGAAAUCAUCAAAUCCAGUCUGAGACAUAAUGCAUUUGAAGACUUCAUGGCUGAGGUGUGGUCCUCAAUAUUGAGCAGAGCUACAAAUAUGCUCUUGCCAUCAUUGACAUUCAUUGAAGCUUUGGCCAUGGAUAGCAGUAUAGAUGCACAAUUGGCUAGUCCACUCAACGGACUCAAGCUCGAGCAAGAGGCCAACAAAAGCGAUCUUCUAUCGAUCGACGACUACGAACGCAUCUUUUCGUGGGUGUACAAGCUAUUUGCUCUUGUAUGCACAAACGUUUCUUCUCGAAGACACUUUGAACUGUUUAGACUGGAGCUUUAUCAGUUCAUACAAGCCAGAGGUCUUUACCAUCAAACUCUGGCUGAUCUACAAAACGAGUAUCGACUCCAAGUUGAGCGAUGCGAAAGUCAAUUGAGAUACAGACGGCUUGCAAGAAGAGACCUUACUCGAUGCCCCAAGAUCAUAAGAAGUCAUGGCACUUGUGAAGGGCUCGAGAAGCUUAUGAAGCAUGAGUACGACCGACAGUAUGAAGACCGAAAUCUUCUCACCAGAGAACUGAUGCUGCGUGUGAUAUUUGCCAAGGAUGGUGUGCGGUCGAUCGAGUACAUCAGCCAAAAGGUUGAAGAGUUUGAGCGGAUGUCUUUUGAUAUUUCCACCAACCAGUCACCAAAAUCGGGCGGCUCAAAAAGAUCUAGCAGAUUAACAAUUGAAAAGCAAAUAAGUAAUGCCAACGAGAACGCAGAUUGGCUUGCCAUAAGAGGAGAAAUCAAUAAUCUCAAGAACUGGGUGUCUGGUCUGGUGGAGACGUCAGCGAUCUCCAUGUACGACCUGAAAAUCCACACCAAAUCGAUUGACGACCUUGUGUUUGAGCUUGAUAGUAAGAAACGCACCUACAAUCAAAGACGAUUCAAGUUCAGCUUCAAACCAGAAAAGGCUACACGACCCUCGAUCAAAUCAAAUACGGUGUCGACUCUGGGCGCACCAACGUUGCAAGACGUGUCCCGUAUAAACCAGAAGGUGGGAAAAUCGCACGAAAACGUUUAUGUCGACUCUAUCAGCAACUCGGUUGUCGUGAUCCCAGCAGACGGCUCUGCAGGAGCCAUUACACUGAAAAAUUGCACCAACUGCGUGUUUUUCGUGGAUUCCAGCUCGUUCGUUUACUUGGAAGGGAUCUCAUCCUGUGUAGUUGUUGGUAAAGCCCAUCAACUGCGUAUCCAUAAGACUGUGGCGUCGUACAUUGACACUCAAAUUCAGAGCGAGCUGAAUAAAAUAAUCAUUGAAGAGUCAAACCAACUGAUCUUUGUUGACCACAAUUCCGUGAAAGUUGAGGAUUUCAGUCAUCCCGCACUGCCAAGUCCUAAUUACAGAUUUGCCAGCGAACAUCUAGCACUGGACGCCGACAGUGUUCAAGUGGAAACUCUUCCUGAGCUACUCGCGUCCAAACUCAAGGCAGUGCCAGAUUCAGAAAAAUAA